AUGCCUUCGCACAAAGACUCGUUUUCCUCGCUCUCGACUAGGCGGCGCGAGGCCUCACGAAAUCGCGACUCCGCGUCCCUCGCAUCCCGCCAGUUCCAUGUGGACGAAAACGAGACCGAGAUGUUCUCGGGAGCAGCGUCGCACGUGAUUCCCUCAUCGAUCUCUUCGUUCCAUCAUAAUCUCCCGCAGCCGUUUCCCUCGCCAGCUAUUUCCAGUGUCGCUGUGCAAGACGAUUUUGGCGAGCUGGAUGAUUUUUCGCUGCACCGCGUGGACUCGAAUGCGAGCACCGUUGAAUUCCAGGAGCGGGCCAAGUUCAAGUUCUUCACCACACAGCAGAUUGAAGAGGCCAAAGGAGCUUCAUCCCAGCUGCAUAAUCCAGAGGGAAUGCUCGUUGACUACGAUACCAAUUGGAACACCUACGAUGACGAGCUGCAUCAUAGAAGUAUGUCGGUGCAGCACCCGGCUGUUUCCAUCCAUAGCAAUACCGAGCUGGCUUCGAUUCCGAUAUCCAGCUAUGGAUCGAUGCACACGAGCGAGGAGGAGCUGUUUCCUGAGGAAUAUCCGGACGAAGAAGGUGAUCUUUCCUCGGAGCAUGACGAGUGGGAUUCCAAGUCUGGAGUGUGGGCGGAUGUCAGACACCACGACAAGCUGUUUGGAGCCAAAUUUCCAGCUAAAAACACGAGCCAGCGGUUUUACCUUGCGGAGGAGGACCUUGUGAUAGGAAUUGCUGGCUACUCCAACUCGUACCUUAAGUCAGCAGUAUAUUAUCUAUUUAUCAUUUUGACCUUAGGACUCGGGUACCUGGGUCUUCGCUGGUUCCCAAGAUACCGUAUCCAGAUGAUGGGGAAUGCCACGCCGCUCGCCAAGGCACAGUGGGUCGUUGUGGAGGACGAAUUCGGUGUCCUCGACACUAUUAACGUGAAGAGACAUUGGUACAAUCGCUCGCUGUCAUCAUUUCUCACAAAGUCUAAAUUUGACGACAAAGACGAUUACGACCUGGAUGACACUGAUCCUCUGGUUCCGAUUUUGAUCUCUUUUGAGUACAGAUACAUGAAAUUUUUCUACGACCCGCUGGAAGACAUCUACAAACUGGCAAAUAGCUGGAUCGACCCGAAAUGGUGCCAUUUUCCAGAGAGCAAGGCAGGUCUGUCCGAAGACCUGUACCAGAGCAGGUCUCUCAUUUUCGGCGAAAAUCUCAUCGAUAUCAAGGACAAGUCGGUGUUUCAGUUGCUAACUGACGAGAUCCUUCAUCCUUUUUAUGUGUUUCAGGCAUUUUCAAUCUUGCUAUGGCUUGCUGACAGUUACUACUACUACGCAUUCUGUAUUUUCAUCAUAUCAGUCUUUUCCAUCGCCGACUCGCUUAUUGAAACAAAGACCACCAUCACACGCAUGCGUGCUAUUUCGAGGUUCGAGUGCGACGUGAGGGUCUGGAGAAGCGGUUUCUGGAAGGAGAUUAACUCCAAAGAACUGGUGCCCGGCGACGUUUACGAAGUGUCUGAUGCGUCUCUUCAUUACUUUCCCUGUGACGCAAUUUUACUCUCGGGUGACUGCAUCGUGAACGAGUCAAUGCUCACAGGUGAGUCUGUUCCUGUGUCCAAGCUGCCAAUUUCGCCAGAGACGGCUGCAGAGCUGAGAAGCGAGUUUGCGAGCACCAAGUUCUCUCCCCAAUUGGCCAAGUCGUUCCUAUACUCCGGUACCAAGAUCGUCAGAUGUCGUUACGCCAGCAACGGAGACGAGCCAGCAAUGGCUCUUGUGGUGAGAACCGGUUUCAACACCACCAAGGGCUCGUUGGUGAGAUCGAUGCUAUUCCCGAAGCCAAGCGACUUCAAGUUCUACCGGGACUCCUUCAAGUACAUUGGUGUGAUGACGGUGAUUGCACUGGUUGGCUUCGUUGUUUCUGCUAUCAACUUCAUCAAGCUCGGGCUGGGGUGGAAAACAAUCACUUUGCGCGCAUUGGACCUCAUCACCAUCGUUGUUCCGCCUGCAUUACCCGCAACAUUAACAAUCGGCACGAGCUUUGCCCUUUCGCGAUUACGGCAUAAAAGUGUGUUCUGCAUUGCGCCAACGCGGAUAAACGUUGGAGGAAAGCUGGACGUCAUGUGUUUCGACAAGACUGGAACGCUGACCGAGGAAGGCUUGGAUUUGAUGGGAGUUCGCGUUUCAGAGCCGAUCCGUGACCGAAAAGAGCGCCAUUUCACCGACCUCUAUGCGCAUGUUGACCAGCUAUUUGGAGAUGCGGCUAGUCCGCAAGCUUACGAGCUGUUCCUGACAAUGCUAAGUUGCCAGUCUCUGAAAAAAGUGGAAGACGAAAUUGUUGGAGAUCCUUUGGAUGCAAAGACAUUCGAGUUCACGAACUGGGACAUGAUUGAGAAUCCCGUGGACGACGAAGUUCUGAACGAUUUUGUUGCUAGACACAAAUUCAGUGGCAACGUUUCGCCUGUUCUUUUCCGCCCCAAGAACAAGCUCCAAAAUAAUACGCUGUUUGUGAAAUUGCGCGAGUUUGAGUUUGUUUCGCAACUGAGACGAAUGUCCUCAAUAUGCCAGUCAUUGAACAAUCCAGCUCUCUUCAAUGUUUUCGUGAAAGGUGCACCUGAGGUAAUUGAGGACUUGUGUUUCCCGGAGACAGUUCCAGCUAAUUAUCGAGAACUCCUCCACGAGUACACUCACAAUGGCUACCGUGUGAUUGCUUGUGCUACGAAAACUAUGAAAAAGCCGAACUCAGCCAAUUUGACCGACCUGGAGUUCCUGAACGAGCUUCCUCGUGAAAAGUGCGAAUCGGAGUUGGAAUUUAUUGGAUUUUUGAUUUUCGAGAACCGCUUGAAGAGUUCCACGAAAAGCUCUUUAAAACACCUCAAAGAUGCCGAGCUUCGCACCAUUAUGUGCACGGGGGACAACGUCCUCACUGCCGUUAGCGUCUCACGAGAGUGCGGUCUGGUCGACCAGGGCUGCAAAGUUUACAUUCCUUCAUUUGAAGAGUACGAGGACAAUCAGAGGAUCCCAAUUGUUUGGACUGAGGUCGACGACCCAGAGUCCCAACUGGACCCAGUCAGUCUGGUACCGCUGGAUAUCAACCGCACAGACGAUUAUUGCAUCGCCGUUACAGGAGAUGUAUUCAAGUACAUCCUAACUGAAUUGAGCGAUCAUGAACAGCUGAUCGAAAAGAUGUUGAUGAAGGGGACCGUUUUUGCUAGAAUGUCUCCUGACGAAAAACAUGAGCUCGUUGACCGGCUCAAAUCGCUGGAUUAUACUGUGGGCUUCUGUGGAGAUGGGGCUAAUGAUUGCGGAGCACUCAAGGCGGCGGAUGUUGGAAUCUCGUUGAGCGAGGCAGAAGCAUCUGUGGCAGCUCCGUUCACGUCGAGAAUUUUUGAGAUCUCAUGUGUUUUGGACGUCAUCAAGGAAGGCCGGGCCUCUCUGGUGACGAGCUUCUCCUGUUUCCAGUUUAUGUCUUUAUACUCGGCCAUCCAGUUUAUCACGGUCUCCAUUUUGUAUAAGGAGGGCACAAACCUUGGAGAUUUCCAGUUCCUGUAUAUCGACAUGUUCCUGAUCAUCCCGCUUGCUGUGUUCAUGGCUUGGAGCAAGCCAUUCGACAAGCUAUGCCCCAAACGGCCUACUGCGAACCUGAUGUCGCCAAAAAUAUUGAUCCCCUUGCUAGGAAACAUCUGCGUUCUGUUCUGUUUCCAGUUCUCUAUUUGGAGAUCGCUGAAAGAGGCUGACGAAAGCUGGUAUAGACCUCCUGUUCCUGGCGACGACGAUGAAGUCCAGUGCUCCGACAACACAGUGCUGUUCCUAUUUGCCAACUUUCAGUACAUUAUGGUUGCAAUGCUGUUGACCGUCGGUCCCCCAUACAGAGAGCCUGCUGCCAAAAAUUACCCAUUCAUAACCACAGUUUUCACCACUUCGAUCCUGUCUGCUGCCCUGAUGUAUCUUGACAAUACCAGCUGGUUUGGAGAUUUGAUGGACAUCACGUGGACACCCGAAAGCCUGAAGAUGAGCCUGCUAGUGGCUGCCUGUGCCAACUACCUAAUACUAGUCGGUGUCAACAAAUAUUUAUUUGGGCGCAUGUCGAAGCUCUUCAAGCGCUUGUUUGGCCGUCGUACAAGCAAGAAGCGGUUUAAGAACUUUCGAAAGGAGUUCAAAGUGCUAUGUUGA